CUCUUUAAGUAUCACAUUUAGUUUGUGUUUGGUAUAGAAUGUGAUGUUCCUGGGAGAUUUCCAUGCCAGCUGUGCCUAUAUGACCCGAACGAACAAGAAAGACAUCCGACUCUUCACUCUGCCCGGUUUCUCCUGGCUGAUCCGAGACAAAGUGGACACCACCGUCGGGGAUUACACUAACUGUGCUUAUGACAGGAUCGUGGUAUACGGGAAACCCUUUCUGAAGGGCAUCACUCCGUUCUCUGCGAUAGUCUUCAACUACGUCAAAGAGUUCAAACUCUCCAAGACCUGGGCGAUGGAUGUGAGCGACCACUUACCUGUGGAGGUGAGACUAAAGAGCUCCGCCUCUCUCCUCCAGGCCAUGCCCCUCCUGAUCCUCAUCAGCGUCUCAGCUAUCGUGCAGUACUUCCUGUCUGCUCUGUGAUCGUCUGCUUCAGUCUUGAGGUGUAACUGAUCUAAAAGCUUCUUUUUUUUAUCCAAAGUCACCUGCAAAUCAAUGCUCUAAUUAUAAAGAGGGAUCUGGUUUCUUUUAACAGUGGUUGGAAGUAACACAGAUUUCUUUGUAGAUGUAGUAGUCGUUCCUCUGGUUUAGUGUGUCAUAUGACUAGUAAAGGUAACAGACAAGCCUCGAGAAAAAGAAAAUUGAGCGACACAUUAAUGCAUUUUUAUAUCAAGAUAAAUUAUGAUUAUUGGGGUGCUCAUUUUUAUUUUGAAAACCCAAUGUAUUUACCUUGUCUCUGAAGAUAUCAGACCUUUUGAUAUCGUAUAGAGUUUUUCCAAUGUCAUGGCUAUUUUCUCAAGAUAACAAAUGUCCCAUCCUGUAUUUGUCUGCUUCCUUUAUUAUAAAUGUAAUAAUAGUAAUGCAAUAUAAGAUAAAAUAACAUAAUAUAUUCAGGAUGGAUGAUACAGCAGUUGCGGUUUUUAAACUAGCUUAAUGAUUGUAAAUACUGUAUAUUGAAUUGUAAUAACACAUUAUGCAACUGUUUGGAUUUUCCAAAUGGCUUAUAAGUCAACUUAUUAUAUCAGAGGUAAUAUUUCCUAAUACUUUUCUCUGUAAAUAUUAAGACUAUGUGAGGAAAUUGUAAGACUUUUAUUGUAUGUGUUUUUAAUAUUCAGUGAAGUUCUUUUUUUAUUUUGAAAUAAAAUGUCGUCAUUACUUGAAA